AUGGAGGCAAAGGCAAAGGAACGAGAGGCAUUAGCCUCCAAGACUCAAGGCAAAGAUGCUCUCGAUCAUGCAGCAGCAGCUGCAGAACUAUACAUGAAAGCGGCCCAGGGAGCAUCUAGCCCCGAAGAGAAAAGCCGCCUAAUUAAAAAAUGCCAAUCGCUACUAUCAAAAGCCGAGAGCCUAAAGAAGUUGUGUCAAGCCGGUGGUAGCGUCGCCGUCGUGGAGAAGCGUCUGAAGUUACCGCGUUCGGCACGCCAGAUUCCUAAAAGCGAGCAAGCCAUCCUGCUUCGUAACUCUCGGCUCCAUGGAAGCAUCUUUCUACCAUGGGACUCGGAUCCAAAUCCUGAUGAAUUUACUGGAAAUGCUUUUAGCGAUCCUUACCAGUUUUCUCUAUCUGCUCAUCAGCUAUCCGUCUUCUCGGGCUGGAAACGACCAUUAGAAAUUUUGGAUCGAGAGACUGAGCUAAAUCCUCCCGAACAGCACAACAACUUUCUGAUGAGGGCCCAAAACGACUAUGACCUAGUCCAGGACAUAACAACAGACUGCUCCGUCGUUGCGAGCCUCUGCGCUAUUAUGCGCCACUUGCGCCCGGGUCCUACAUCUAUCUUACCAGCCCUGAUGUUUCCUAUAGACCUUGACAGCGGACAGCCAAAGAUUUCCGACAGUGGGAAGUAUAUAUUUCGCAUGCACUUCAACGGCUGCUUCCGGAAAGUUGUCAUUGAUGAUCGCCUCCCUUCGUCCUCAACGGGCCGCACUCUCUAUGUUGUAGACCGCCAAAAUCCGAAUCUCAUCUGGCCUGCCCUUAUGGAGAAGGCCUAUCUGAAGGUUCGUGGCGGGUACGACUUCCCAGGAAGCAACUCCGGAACCGACCUAUACGCCUUGACCGGAUGGAUACCGCAGCAGUUGUUCUUGCAGAACGAAGAGGUAGAUUGGGAUCGCACAUGGAAGCGCGUCAAAAAGGCUUACGACUUUGGCGAUGUAGUAGUGACAUUAGGAACGGGACGGCUAUCUCUAGAUGAAGAAGAAACGUUGGGAUUAGCGGGCGAGCACGACUAUGCAGUGCUUGACAUGACCGAGGCAUCAGGGAGUAGGAGGUUGCUAGUCAAGAACCCAUGGUGCGAUGGUCUCAGUUGGAAAGGGACAGGGUCAGUUGAUAUAUCACAGCAAGCAACAGAUGACCAUCCAGUCAAGCUGAAGCCUGGCACCUUCUGGAUCAGUUUUGAUGAUGUGGCACAGAACUUUGAAUCGCUCUAUCUGAAUUGGAAUCCGAGUCUUUUCACUGAGCGUCAGGAUCACCAUUUCACCUGGCAACUCCCCGAGGCUACCAUGAUCGGCUCCUUCGCGCAUAGCCCACAGUACUCCAUGUCUACCGCCGUAGACGGCAAUGUCUGGAUCCUGCUAAGCCGCCAUUUUCAAAACGACGAACUGGAUAUUAUGCGCAAGUAUCGCCUCUCUAAUGACGACGCCGCUAUCUCUUCUCUCGCCGAAGUGUCCAGUAGGCUCGGCUUUAUGAGUAUAUACAUAUUCGCCAACAGCGGCGGCAAACGCGUACAGCUAAGCACCCAACCCGUCUUUUGCGGCGAUUUCGUCGACUCUCCACAGACGCUCGCCCCCUUCGAGGCCAAGCGCGGCGUUACUUAUACCAUUGUCGUCGCUACUGAGAAAUUACCCCUACCACAGUACUCCUUUACGCUAUCAUUCUUCUCGCGCGCUCCUUUAGUCGUCGCUCCAGCCGAGCCCGCCUUGCGCCAUUACAUGGACGUGAAAGGCUCUUGGACGCGCCGCACGGCCGGCGGCAACGCUGCUUCGUCUAGCUACUUAGAGAACCCACAAUUCAGCCUCGUUCUCCCCCGUCCAGGACCCCUUUCACUCCUCCUCUCUACCGCCCGCGACGACCUCCCCGUGCACGUGGACCUGGUGUGGGCAGGCGGCCGCCGCGUGACGGCCAUCGGUAACCGCGACUUGGCCAUCACGUCGGGCGACUACCGGCGCGGCUGCGCGCUCGCCGAGGCACCUUCCGUCGACGCCGGCACCUACACCAUCGUGUGCUCGACGUUCGACCCGGGCUGCCUCGCCGACUUCACGCUGCGCGUCGGAUCCGAUAUCCCCUGCGCCGUGGCCCCCGUCCCAGCCGACGCCGCAGGCCGCCUGCGCACGCAACUCCCGGACCUCGUGUUCCGCGGGCCCGCGUCCUUGUCCUUGUCCUCGUCCGACAGCGAGGUCCACAAGAAGAAACGCGUCGCCAUCUCGGCGGCCCGACUCACGCGCGCAAGCGUCGUCGUCACGAUGCGCGACGGGUAUCGCGCUACCCCCCGUACUGGAGCAGGAGGCGGCGCCACCACGCCGCGCUCGCAUCCCACGGUGCGCGCGAGCGUCGAAGUGGGCACCGGGCCCGACAGGCUGGUCGUCGCGUCCACGGAUACUACUCGUACCCGCGGUAGCAGCGCGAACGAGUUCAGGGAGGUGGGCGCCAACGGCUUGCGCACGGGGGACUUCGAUAUCGAUCCUCGUGGGCGCGGGCUGUGGAUCGUCGUUGAGCAGCUGGGUUUGUAUCACGCGCCGACGACGGUGGGCGAUGGAGGAGUAGGAGGAGUAGGAGGAGGGGGAGGAGGGGGAGGCGAGUUACGAGUAGAGGUUCUCAGCGAGGGGCCUGUGCAGGUUGGGGCGUGGGAGGCGGUGGAUGGAUGA